AUGACUUUUCGCCCGAGGGUGUUGUAUGUUUUGCACAUUCUGCUAUAUGCUUUAGAGGGAGUUAAAACUGCAGUGAAGGCGAUGGGAUGGGGGUGGGGACUUUGGUACAGCGAGCGAAUUAACCCUGCAGAAAAGAUACUCUGUUGCAAUACCUCGGGAGGUGUCAAAAUUGCAGUGCAGCUCCACCGUCAACAGCACACAAACACCAAGACAACUCAGUGCAUCGUCUUGCUCAACAUCCCCUCUUUCUUAUCGUGGCGCGAGUUGACUUUGCAGUGGAAAGAAGGGUUACAGUUGCAGUAUACUGCAUUUGACAAGUCUACAGAGGGACCCCACAAGCUCGGGAAAAGAGGAAACGAAAUUGCGGUCAAGGAAUAUAUUGCCUCCCCCUUCUGCAAUCCUUUGACCAGUCCUUUUAGCAUUUCUGAUCACCUUGAAGCUCCUGCAAUACCCCAACAUACAGAUAUCACGACGCAUGCCUUUAUCAUUUCCCUUAAGGCACCUUGCUGCGGCAAGUCGUCUGCUGAAGUAGCGUAUUUAUCGGGCCAGUCAAUCCGUCAAGUUGAUCGCAUUUAUGCUCGUGCCAUCAAAAACGGAUUUGACCCUACCACUCUGUUACUGAAUCUGAGAGAUGAUCAUCUGAAAGAUGCUCCUCGCAGCAGGCGUCCGAAAAAGGCAACAGAGGGAGCUGACAAGGUACAAGAUGAGGGAAUACAGGGCGAGGGGCUUUGA